AUGCUCGCGUCGAAGUCUCGAGGUGAUCUUCAAAAACAAGUAGUCUUGGAAGGAUUGCAGCAACAUGAAUUGUGCCUUAAUGUAUCAAAAAGUGAGCACAUGUAUUGCGGACCAAGAAUAGAAGAUGGUUUAGUUCGUGUCGAUGGCACCGAAUCAGACAAGGUGAACUGUUUCAGGUACCUUGGAUCCAAAGUGACUUCCACAGGCGACAUUGAUCAAGAAGGUCGAGCAAGUGUAAAUGCGGCAUGGAUGGAGUGGCAAAUGAAAACAGGCGUACUGUGCGACAAGAAAGUCCCAGAUCGACUGAAGUCGAAGAUUUACAGGACGGUUGUGCGUCCUGUUGCCCUUUGCGGAUAG